AUGGCUGAUGCUGGAUUUGUGAAGCCCGACCCCGAGGAGUCGUCUACUGGGCUCGAGGAGGAUGAUCUCGAGGAUGCCGGCGACCUCGAAUUCUACGACAAGAACGCGAUAGGCAACAGCUUCGAAACCCUCUAUCUUGCGCGCGUACCUCGCUACAUCUGGGAGGCAUGGCAAAAGUUGACAGAGCGCCUCAAUGACGAUGACGAGGUGCAGAUUGGCACGUUGCGCACGUGGAACGAACCUCAAGCGAACGGCGGGCCGGACGUGACCAAGCUGCGCAUGCUGCUACAGGCAAAUUGCCCCGAGCACCAGAUGCUCCCUAGAGAAUACGACCUCGAAGUGUUGGACCGCGAAGUCAAGAACCACUUCAUUUUCACUGAAGAGGAUCUCCCCAGUUACAAGGUCAAGAACAAGGCUAGACAGGACGCCAUCAACGCGGGCAUCCCAGCGCAUCUACUACGUGCCAAACCAGAGGGUGGACAGAAGCAAACGUAUGAUCGCCGCAGUCGGUAUCAACCGUACUACCGCAAAGCAAUUCCAAAACGAACCAAGGUUUUCGGAAAGAUUCACUACGAUGUCCGUGUCGAGCCCAGGAAUGCACAGGAAGAAGAGCGAUACCUAGCACAGCAAAUCUUUGAUGCCGAGCACUCCCGAGCGAAGCUCCAAAUCAUCAGCAGAAACUCAGCGUCCGCCAUUAUCAACCCUGGAACUGCUGGAUCUCUUGGCUGGUCUGGAAACUUUAUCAAAAAUGCACCGACUCUUGUCAAGCCCAAGAAGGGCGAGGUGCUCAAGGCUACUCGUAUGGCCAAGAACGAGCUUUUGGAUCUCUUGUUCGAAUGCUUCCGCGAGUAUCAGUACUGGUCCAUGAAGGCUUUGCGCCAGCGUACACAACAGCCAGAGGCACAUCUACGAACAGUCCUGGAGGAAGUGGCUGUCCUGAACAAGAGUGGUUCAUUCGCCAACCACUACUGCCUAUCUGACGCAUACAGAGACAAGGCUGGCACUGAGGCCAAGGAAGCUGCUGCAGUGGCCGCCGAUGACGAAGACGAGGAAAUGGAAGAAAUGGAGGAUGUGCUGCCCAUGUCGCAGUGA